CAUCCGAAUGUCAAAACCGCACGUGUCAUUCGUUCUUUUUGGCUGAAACAUUUCACGGAGCUCAAGAUGGGUCGCCGUCCUGCAAGAUGUUAUCGCUAUUGUAAGAACAAACCUUAUCCAAAAUCGCGUUUCUGCCGCGGUGUGCCAGAUGCCAAGAUCCGUAUCUUCGAUUUGGGUCGCAAAAAGGCAAAUGUCGACGAUUUCCCGCUGUGCGUGCAUUUGGUAUCCGACGAAUAUGAACAGUUGAGCAGCGAAGCCUUGGAAGCUGGUCGUAUUUGCUGCAACAAAUAUUUGGUCAAAUUCUGCGGAAAAGAUCAAUUCCAUAUCCGUAUGCGUUUGCAUCCAUUCCACGUUAUCCGCAUCAACAAGAUGUUGUCGUGCGCCGGAGCCGAUAGGCUUCAAACCGGUAUGCGUGGAGCUUUUGGCAAACCACAAGGAACUGUCGCUCGUGUUCACAUCGGACAACCAAUCAUGAGUGUACGUUCGAGCGAUCGUUACAAGGCCCAAGUCGUCGAAGCCUUGCGUCGUGCCAAGUUCAAGUUCCCCGGACGUCAAAAGAUCUUCAUCUCGAAGAAAUGGGGAUUCACGCGUUUCGAUCGUGAAGACUUUGAAAAGUUGCGCGAAGAAGGACGCUUGCGAAAUGACGGAUGCAACGUUCAAUACCUCAACGAUCACGGUACAAUGGCAUCAUGGGAACAUGCUCAAAGACAACACUUCGGCGCCUAAAAUUUAAAAA